AUGCCGUCAUAUUCAGGGCUCGCAGCUGCGGCUGCGGUAUUGUCAACAGCUGCGACCACAGCAAGCGCAGCAGCAGUCAGCUACUGCGCCUCAGGCAGCAUCUGCUACGCCGUGGGCGUCCCAAGCACCACGGCUUCCUCCGGGAGCGGCAACAUCUACUUCCAGAUCUCGGCGCCCACGACCUACUCAUGGGUGGCCCUGGGCACCGGCUCGCAGAUGUUGGGGGCCAACAUCUUCAUCAUGUACCAGGACGGCACGGGCAACGUGACCGUGUCGCCCAGGCCCGGCACCGGCCACCAGCAGCCCCAGUACGACGCGUCCACCGCGUCGCAGAUCACGGUCCUGUCGGGAAGCGGCGUCAACGGCGACACAAUGGUGGCCAACGUCCAGUGCGCCAACUGUCAGUCGUGGUCGGGCGGAACCCUUGACGUCGCCAGCUCCGGCUCGUCGUGGAUAGGGGCCUGGAAGUCAGGGUCCGCGUUGAAUUCGGCCAGCCCGUCUGAGGCCAUCUCGUAUCACGAUGCGCAUUCAGAGUUCAACCUGGACCUGUCGCAGGCGAGCAUUGAGUCAGACAGCAACCCCUUCACCGGCGCCGCAGCCACGCCUACCCCGACGGGUUCGUCCGGGUCUAGUGGCUCGACGACGGUGAGGCCGAGCCAGACGGUCAUCUGGGCUCAUGGCCUCGGUAUGGCGAUUGCCUUCGCAGUUCUGUAUCCUCUGGGUUCUGCUGUGAUGCCUCUGUUCGGAAAAUGGUAUAUCCAUAGUGUCUGGCAGAUGGUGAGCUGGCUGCUGAUGUGGGCUUGCUUCGGCCUCGGCGUUUACGGCGCGCAACAGCGAAAUAUGCUCUUCACAAACUCUCACGUCCAACUCGGCACUGUCGUGGUGUGCGUGCUCGCGAUCCAACCUGCCCUCGGCUUCAUCCAUCACUCGCAAUUCGCCAAGACGGGCAGCCGCGGUAUCUUCAGCCAUGCCCACAUCUGGUGGGGACGGAUCUGGCUGGUCCUGGGCGUCAUCAACGGCGGCCUGGGCCUGCAGCUGGCAGGUUCCAGCAACAGCCUGGUCAUCGCCUACUCUGUGAUUGCUGUUGUCAUGUACCUGGUGUACGCGGUCGUCAAGUCGCUCGUCUCGUUCCGCUCCCGGGGUAGAAGGAACAACGGCAGUUUGAAUGGACGUAAGGUGUCCGGCGCUGGGUCCGGGUAUGCCGAGCACGGGGAUGAGAUGAACCUCAACAGGUACCCGGACCACCAGUACGCUCAACACGGGAAAUAA